CAAAUGUGGAAUUAUAUCAGAGUUUGCAAAAAUUACUCGCUGAUAAAAAACUUGUGGAUUCCCUUGAUCCAGAAACCAGGUACCGCUUCCUUGGUGUUCACGGUGAUUGUGACUGUGGAGGCGAGUGGCUGAACUGUUUAUGUUUGAUUUUGAAAUCAGUGGAAUCCAUCUAGACAGAGAAAAGCGUAGGAGAGCGGUGGACCUGAACGUUAAAAUCCUGGAUCUGAGCAGCGCGUUCCUCGUGGGGACCCACUUCGCCAACAAGGUUGAGAAGCGGCUCCUGCCGGCGCACAUCUGGCACCACUUCGAGCCGGCCGGGGAGCACGUGGUGGUGGACGGUCUGCGCGCGGAAGCACCCGACGACCUGGUGCGAGAAGCCGCUUAUAAAAUUUUUCUUUAUCCCAAUGCUGGUCAAUUGAAAUGUUUAGAAGAAUUGCUCAGCAACAGAGACCUUCUGGCAAAGUUAGUGGGGUAUUCUACGUAUUCCCACAGAGCGCUCCAAGGGACAAUAGCUAAAACUCCAGAGACUGUCAUGCAGUUCCUCGAGAAGCUAUCUGACAAACUCUCUGAAAGAACUAUGAAAGAUUUCGAGAUGAUACGAGGGAUGAAAAUGAAACUAAAUCCUCAAAAUUCUGACGUAAUGCCUUGGGACCCCCCCUACUACAGUGGUGUGAUUCGUGCAGAGAGGUACAACAUCGAGCCCAGUCUGUACUGCCCGUUCUUCUCCCUGGGCGCGUGCAUGGAAGGCCUGAACCUCCUGUUUAGCCGGCUGCUGGGGGUCUCGCUGUACGUGGAGCAGCCUGCGAGGGGAGAGGUGUGGUGUGAAGACGUGCGGAAGCUGGCCGUGGUUCAUGAAUCUGAAGGACUCCUGGGGUACAUUUACUGUGAUUUUUUUCAGCGAGCAGACAAACCACACCAGGACUGCCAUUUCACCAUCCGCGGAGGCCGGGUGACGGAGGACGGGGGCUACCAGCUCCCUGUGGUCGUCCUCAUGCUGAGCCUUCCCCACCCCUCGAAGCAUUUGCCGACGUUGCUGACUCCUGGGAUGAUGGAGAAUCUUUUCCACGAAAUGGGACACGCCAUGCACUCCAUGCUGGGGCGGACUCGCUACCAGCACGUCACUGGGACCAGGUGCCCCACUGACUUUGCCGAGGUUCCUUCCAUCCUGAUGGAGUACUUUGCAAACGAUUACCGAGUCGUUCACCAGUUUGCCCGGCACUGUCAGACAGGACAGUCACUGCCCAGAAAUAUGGUGUCUCGUCUUUGCGAAUCUAAGAAGGUUUGUGCUGCAGCGGACAUGCAGCUUCAGGUCUUCUAUGCUGCUCUGGACCAGAUCUACCACGGGGAGCACCCCCUGAGGGGCUCGACCACAGACAUCCUCAGGGACACCCAGGAGAAAUUCUAUGGCCUGCCGUACGUCCCCAACACCGCCUGGCAGCUGCGCUUCAGUCACCUUGUGGGCUAUGGCGCCAAGUACUACUCCUACCUGAUGUCCCGGGCAGUGGCGUCCAUGGUCUGGAGGGAGUGCUUUCUCCAGGAUCCUUUCAACAGGGCGGCCGGGGAGCGCUACCGCCGCGAGAUGCUGGCGCACGGCGGGGGCAGGGAGCCCAUGCUCAUGGUGCAAGGCACUAGGGAUACAGCAAUGAACAAAACAGUGAAGACUCUGCUGUCAUGGCACUUACCUCCUGGAAGGAAUAAUGGAAAAUUAGGCAGUAGGUUAAAAGGUAACAACACCUAUGGAAAAACAGGGAAGGGAAUAUGGAAUCUGGGGAGGCAUGCAGUGGAAAACUGGGUGGUCAGAGGCAGCCUCCCUGGGAAAGUGACUUAAACGAGGACAGUGAAAGCGCUGUGGGGUGUCUGGGGGAAGAGCCAAGGGAACAGCACGUGCAAAGGCCCUGAGGUAGAGGUAAGCCUGACUCUUUGAAGGCUGUGGAGGUCUAUGUGAAGCCUCUAAAUGCUGCUAAGUGCUAACUAUAUAUUUUAAGAAGCAAACAACAAACAGUUUCCUUCCACACGUAACUAUCGUCUAACAGUCUCGGCAGGUACGUGAGCACCUGUUUGUGAACUGGUCCUUGGACAUAGAAACAUUCACAACAUGAACUCAGACCUCUUUCUUCCACAUUUUAUUUGGAAGAUAUUUAAAUAUUUGCUACAUGCUAGGUGUUUAUAAAGCAAACUCGAUCCUCAUCACAAUCCUCAAGCAGCUACUAUUGUUAUCCCCAUUUUACAAGGGGAUAAGCGGAAGCACAGAGACGUUAAGCUACUUGUCUAAGAUCACACAGCUAAUAAACACCAGAGCUGUGAUUUCAACCAGUCUGCCUGGCUUUAGAGUCCACGCCCUUCACCUUUACUCCCUCCAGGCCCUGUGGGGCCGUGUCCCCCACCAGGCGAGAGCUGGCAUCGGUCGGAACAGCUCCAAAGAGCCAGGUGUGCAUGUCUCUUCCCAACUCCGUGUUCAGUGGCUUCCCCUGGGUAACUAGAAAGUGGCCACGCGGGAGUGCUGACAGCACGGGAGUCAGCAAACACGCAAAGCGGGGCUGCAUCCUGGUUGCCAGGCAACCACCAGCCCACACCUCACGCCUCCCAUCCUUUGCCCUGCACUGACAGGCCUCCAUCGUCCUCCAUGCUUCCCGACUUGCUCCCACCCGACACCAGUCACUGCAGGUCCAGCCAGGCCCCCAUGGGGUUACGUCUCAGCCAGGUCCAUGUGACCAGAAGUCAGUAUCAUGUCUGGUGUUUGAGUGCACCUGGUGGGUGUCUAUGUCAUGAGGCCUGGGUCUGGGCUCCCUCCUGAGUCACUCCUCUCCAUCCCCAAGUCUCCUUCAUCCAUAGUUCACGUCCACUGGGCAGGCUGGUGUGGGUCCCCGAAGCCAGGGGAGAGUCAGAUCUGAGCCCGUGACACCGCCUCCGUACCGCCUCCCCCUCCCCAGCCCCGGGAGCCCUUCUUCUCAGACGCCGGCCCUCGCAUCUCAUCCAGGUUCCCAGGGCUCCAACCACAUCCUGUCUUGGGACGUAUUCUGGCGUCCCUUCCACCCACGGGUCCCCGCUGACUGCUUCCUCCAAACCAGAGGCCCUACAUCUCCCAGGGCUGCUGCACACGGUACCCCCUUCUCCGCCCCUGCCUCCCCCGCAGCCUCAAACAUCGUCUAAAAGGGUGAGUCAAAAAUCACCCGCACUCCGGUUAUAUUAAAACGUCUGCUGGCCGCACUGUCUUAUCAGCGCAUUCUGUUCAAGGCUACUGCCUCCCCGGUCACUGCUGUGCAGGUGUGAACUGUUACAUCAGCUCAUUUGUAACUGCGGAGCGAGCAAAACUGGACGCCCCACUUGUGAUUUGCACGAAAGAAGAGCAGCGUGCAGUGAUUCAUUUUUUGUGGUCUGAGGGUGUACCCGGUGCCGUUAUUUAUCGAAGACUUUGUACACAAUGUGGAUAAAGUGUUUUGUCAAGAAGACGUGUGUAUGAAUGGACAGAGAAGUUCAAGGAAGGUCACACAAGUGUUAGCCAAUCAAGAAGGAGCCGGACGCCCGUCCACGUCCACGGCUGAUGACAACAUCGCGUGUGCACGAGAAAUGAUUCUGUCGAAUAGACGAGGGACAGUGGAUUACGUGGGACAUCAUUUGCAAAUCAGCCGUGGCUCAAAGGUUCACAGUCAACAGUGCUCGUUACAGUGAGAUGCUUAUUGAAGAGCUGAAGCCUAAACUUGGGAUUAAACGCAGAGGACGGCUCUCCAGGGGCGCUGUGAUCUGGCGUGACAGUGCACGUCUGCACACUUCUGCCCACACUGUCGGCACUCUGCAAACACUUCGUUUUGAGGAGUUAAAGCAUCCUCCCUGUAGUCCUGAUCUUGCUCCAUUGGACUUUCACCUGUUUGAUCCCUGAAAGCAGCCCGAUGAAGAUGAAAAUUCACUUCUGGUGAAGAAGUGAAGACAGUGGUUCAUUCAUGGCUCGCGGCUCAGCCUGAAACAUUUUUUAAUGAGGGACUAUGAGGGCUUGUUGACAGAUGGACAAAGUGUAUUGAAAAGCAAGGAGAUUAUGUGGGAAAAUGGUGUAUUUACCUUUUC